AUGGGGGACCGCAGCCUGGAGCUGCUGGGAACGGGCAUAGCUUUCGUGACUUUGACACUGCUGACGUUCGGUCUGCGUGUCUACGUACGGGCGAUCCUGCUACGCAAAUGGAGAAUCGAUGACUGGCUGAUGACAUGCUCCGUCACCUUUUUCGCAAUUUACAUUGCUUGCCAAACGGGCGGAAUCGUUUACGGUACGGGCAAGCAUCUGGAAGACCUGCAACCUGAGCGAGCGCAGACUGCAUUAGUCUUCUGGUGGCUAUGUGAACUAUUCUACAUUCCUGCCGCAGUGUUCCUGAAGCUCUCUGUGGGCGUCUUCCUUCACGACAUCGCCAUCAACAGGUACCACGUCUGGAUCGUCCGCUUCAUGAUGGUGUGUAGCGGGCUGUUUGGAUCAGCCUACUUCCUCCUCGCCCUUUUCCAGUGCAAGCCCAUAAGCGCGUGGUGGAUACGUAAGCACUCACCCUACACCCGGAACUACGGAUGGUGCUUCAACAACACGACGGUCGUCGCCAUGACGUUUGCUUCGUCGGGCCUGAACUCGAUCGCCGACUGGACCUUUGGUAUCAUCCCCAUUUUCAUGGUGAAAGACCUCCAGAUGCCCACGAAGCAGAAGAGGCUGGUCGCCGGCAUACUUGGAUUCGCCAACAUAGCGUGCAUCGCGACCAUCGUACGGAUGCCGUUCAUCAUGAGCUUGUACAAGGAUUCCGACUUUCUGUACGAAACGAUCGACAUUGCCUUGUGGUCCAAUGUUGAACCCGGCGUGGGCAUUGCGGCAGCUUGCAUCGCCACGCUGCGACCGCUGCUGCAACAGAUUGUGGGCCAGCGAUCGAGCGCGUGGUUCUCGUACCAACGGGGAGGGGCGAAGGAAUUCGGCUCCGGUGGCAAGAAUGCGAGCUCGUCGGGGCAGUCCUACGCGCUCCGCAACUCACUGCCGAACCUGCGGCCGGACCGGGUGGGAAAUUACACGGAGAUCACGGCAGGCACAGGGCGACGGCCGUCGAACAGGGACCCGCUGAUCACGGGCCGGGAGAUGAAGGCGCUGUUCGAGUCGCAGGACCUGAAGGAGGACGACGCGGAGCUGGAGCUGCACUUGCGCACCGUGGCCGAGGAGCCCGCACGCACGCCCGGCGUCCCCGGCCUUGGUCUAAGCCUCUGCGACACGCCGCGGCUGGAGCGCAAAGGCACCCUGGAGAUCCAGAAGAGCGUCGAGGUCAUCUUCACGGAGGAGAUCGAAGCCGGCUACGAGCGGACUGGCAGCCCCGCGCCGGCAAAUUGGCCGCUGAACACGCAACCGACGGCACGAGCCGAGUCGCGCCCCAUGUCGUGGGAGGACGAGCUGCCCCCGCUGGACACGACCAUCCUCACGUCGCUGGGCAACGGCAGCCGGAGCACCAGUCGGCAGUCGCUCCGAAAGGAGGGCGCGCCGGGCGCGGUCGGAGAUCCCUUUGGAGCAUGGCGGUGA